UUUACAUUCUAAAGCAGGCCUCUGAAAAAAGCUCAUAAAAAUAAAAGAAACAAACAUUUCAGAAAAAAAUGCUUUUACAUCAGAACUGACAUGUUGAAGAAAUUCGAUGAUGUACAGAACUGAGAACAGAAGUAUGAAGUUUGAAGUAGAGUCUUAUUUCUUCUUUCUAUCAUACCUAGAACAAGUAUUCAGGAUUUUUUAAAUUGUGUCAGUGACAGAUCAGUAAAAUAUUUAGAUAAUAUAUGGUAAGUUUUGUAAGUUUAGACAUUUCAUCCAGUAAAAUAUGCACACACACGCCUACACGUGCACACACAGAAUAAUGAGGGCUGCUAGUUUGUACGUGUGCACAUGCACACCAAUGAACCCUUAGACUGAUGCCAUCCAAACUAUAUAAAGAAUAGAAUGUCAGUAUUAGUGUUAUUUUAAUCUGUCAAAUAUCCUGUAGACUUGGCAUUAAAACAAGGGAAAACAUAAUAUUCACACACAAUAAUAGCAAGCUGACUGAGUUGAAUUGGAUGUCUUUAGCACAUUUUAACCUUCCUGAAUAAGGUACAGGUGUAUAAAAAAGCUAGCCAAAAACAACAACAAAAACAAUACAAACAAAAAUAAUUUUAGCUGAUGUGGUGAUCCUGAAUUCAAGGUUAGUGCUUCUAUUUUACCUCUUGAAAAUGUUUACAUUUUCAUGUAAAAGUCUAUUAUUUGUAUAGAUAUUUAGUGGAAUUCUUCUUUUCCCUUUACAGGCUUGAAAAGAUGAAUAUAUCCAUUGCUAAUAUGACAGGAGUUCCAGAUUAUCGGGAUUCCUUCACCAAGGCUGUGAUUAAGAAUGUUAUUGUUGUGGUUCUUAGCAUUUCCAUCAACUACAUCAAUGCAGGACUCAUUCAUACUUUCUGCGGAAAUCAGAUCUUCAACACAAAUCCCCGGUACAUCCUGUUUGUUCACUUGGUGAUCAAUGACAUGAUCCAAGUAACGCUGACUGUUGCACUUUUCAUCAUUAGCUACAUCCUCUACAAGAUCCAUGUAUUUGUCUGUUGCAUCUUAAUACUGACUGCCCUCUUCACCACUGAAAACACCCCACUGAACCUGGCCUGCAUGGCAGUGGAGUGCUACAUUGCCAUCUGCAUCCCCCUCCGCCACGCUCAGAUCUGCACGAUCAAGAGAACAAGGGUGCUGAUUUCUUUAAUCUGGAUCACCAGCUUGGUGUCUGUUCUCCCUGAUCUCUUCAUUACCUUGGCCACGGAGCCACUGGAUUAUUUUAAUACACAAGUGUUUUGCCUAAGGGAAACUGCUUUUCGAAGUCCCAGAAUCAUAGAGCGGAGAAAUAUUACCUAUAUUGUAUAUCUGGUUCUCGUUUGGUGCAUUAUUUUUUUCAUUUAUUUCCGCAUACUAUUUACGGCAAGAAUAGCAAAUAGACAUGCUAAAAAGGCGAGGAACACAGUCCUCCUUCAUGGACUUCAGCUUCUUUUGUGUAUGGCAACAUAUGCAGAACACCUGGUGAAACAGGCUGUGUUGCAAUGGCUUCCUAAGUAUUACUCAGAUUCUCUGUUUGUUUGUUAUAUAAUUUUCCAAAUACUACCAAGAUCUAUUAGUUCACUUAUCUAUGGCAUAAGGGACAAAACCUUCAGGAAACACCUAAAAAGGUAUUUAUUAUGUAAGGUGAACCCACAGUGAUAUUAAUAGAGUAUAUACUGUAUAUCUCUCUCCAGUUUUUUCAGUCUUUUCAUGUGACCUGUAUUAAUCUC